AUGCUGUUAACAGGAAGAACCUUAACGGGUCAAACAUUCCGAAAAUUGCCGGCAUUGCUGGUGCUUCAGGAGCUGAUAACGGGUUUCCAGCUGAUUUCUGCCAUCCGCGCGCUUCCCCCGAUCGUUCCGCCGCACUCGCGCGCUGCAGGGGGAAGCGGAAACGGACAGACGGGGACCCCGCGGGACGAGAGGCGCGCGGGGACGUACCCGCGGAUGCUCCGCGCGGUUACCGCCAGUGAGGGGGAGGCGGACGGGAAGAGGGAGGGGGAAGGGGGGUUGUUGGCGCAAAGCGGUCAGGAGAGUCUUCACAUGGAGGCGGAAUGGCCAAUCGCGUGGUGCCAGGUGGCAGAGAACGUACUCAUAGGCUCGCCGCUCGUGUCGGCUGCUGACGUGGACGUGGUGACGUCCAGGGCGGGCGUGACAGCUGUCGUCUCGUUACUGCCGUCGGAGCAUGAGUCAGCGCUGGCCGUUGAUUGGUCCGCCGUGACCCACCAGCUGGCAAGAGAGGGCGGCGUGGCGCUCAAACUGCCCGUGGGGGAAGCCGCCGCCGGGGGGGAGGCGGAAGCGGGGGCUCGGGGGGAGGGGGAACCGGGGGAGGGGUGGCGGGGAGUGUUAUCCGAGGGGGAAGCGGGGGAGUCGGAUAUGGAAGUGUGCCUGGAGGAGGACGGGGAGGGGGAGGGGGGAGAGGACGUGGUUUCACAGGUGUUGGAAGCGGUGCGAGUGGUGGCAGCGCUGGUGGCAACGGGGCACAGAGUAGCGAUUGUCAGCUGCUCGCCUCAUUCCGCCAGUGCCCUCGUUGCUCUGGGCUACACCACGUUCGUGAGGGGCGCGGACGUGAGCACUGCUCUGGCGGACAUGCGCCGAGCCUGUCCGGCUGCUGACCCGCCCAUGCGCGUCUGGAAGAAGGUGCGUGGCGUUACAGGUGCACUCUCAGGUGCCUUCUCAGGUGCCUUCUCAGGUGCCAUCGCAGAGCGUAAGCUGGUGGCGGAAGGCUUCCAGCGCAUGGUGGCUGCUGACGUGGCACUCUCUGACGCCAUUUCCAAGGCGGCCAUUCGCAGGGCAGCACGGGCGGCAGAGAAGCAGAUGGAUGACGUGGAGCUCACCUCGUCCGAUCGUAUUGCUUUGCUCAAAGCUCAAAUUUCUCGUCUCGAAGAGAAGCAGCAAGCCGCAGACCAGGCCGCCCGGGCGGCGGAGGAUCGGAUCAACUUCUUCCUGCGCCAGCUCAGCGCACUACAGGACAAACACGCUGCGGCAGAGAAGGAGGCGGCUGCUGCCACCCAGCUGGCAAGUCAACUCGCCGGCCAGUUGCAAUCCUUGCAAGCGAGAGAAGCUUCCUCUGCACCUUCCUCUUCGGCUGUAGCCCAAGCCUCGCCUCUAGGUCCGGCAGCCGCCGAAGCUGACCGGGUGGCAGCUCUGGAAGCCGAGGUCCGGGAGAGGCGCGAGCGGGAGCAGGAGCUCCGGGCGGCGCAGCAGCAGGCAGAGCAGCGGGCGGCAUCGGCUCGGCAGCUUCUGCUCACUCUAGAAAAAGACCUGGCGAGGGUGACAGAGGGGGAGGCAGCAGCAAAAGAAGCAGCAGCAGAAGCGAAAGAACGAGUAGGGUUCCUAUCAGGUGUGGUGCGAGAGCUAGAAGGCCGAGAGAGGGACGCGAGGAGAGAAGCAGAGAGGGCGAAUGAGGCUUUAGAGGUGGUGGCAGCAAGGGAACGGGCGGCUCAGGCUCGUGUGCAGGAGCUUUCUUUGCAGGUGGAGCAGCUAGAAAAGGAGCUUGCUGCUGCUCAGGAAGCUUCCAGGAUCGCGCACGGGCGGUGCGAUUUCUUCGCCCGGCUGGUGGAUGUGCUGAGGGAGAGGGAGCAGGCGGCUAGUGAGGCGGCGAAACGGGCCAAUCAGGCGCUGACAGGUGUCGCGCGGGAGCUGGAGGAGGUGAAGGGGAGGGAGAGGCGGGAGAGGGAGACGUGGAAAGGUGCAGUGGCGCGGUCUGAAGCGGUAAUGGCGGAGUUAGGAGCGACUAAGAGGAUGCAAAGAGAGGCGAGGGAGAGGAGGGAAGCUGCCGAGAAGCUUCUCGUGAAGCUCGAGUCGUCGGGAGAGAGCGGGGAGGAAGGUUCGAGGAAGCUUCUGGUCCAGGCCCGUGCGGCGGUGGCUGAGGCUCUGGAGAACGAGGCGAGCCUCGCCGGACUGGUUGUUGCGCUAGCUGACAAAUUGACUGAGGCGGCUGCCGCCCGCACGGCCCAGCGGGAGCGUUUGGCGUUUCUGGAGCGACAGGUGGCGGAGGGGAGGGAGAGGGAGCGGACGGCGGAAGAGGCUGUGGCAGCGGCAAUGGGCGGGCAGGAGGAGCUUCGGAGGCAGUUGGAAGAAGUGGCUCGGAAAGAGGCUGAGGCCCGGGAGGAGGUUCGGGUGCUGUCGAGCAAAGUGGAGAGCCUGUCAGCUCAGUCGACGGUAGCAGAGGAGGUGGAGGGUUCUCUCUCCGUUCUCCGAGCCCAGGUGGCAUUCCUCCAAUCAGAGCUCGCCAGCGCGACACAGGAAGCCACGUCAGCCACCCAGCGGUCCACCUCGCUCCUUCACCAGCUCAACCAGCUGCGAUCUGGUGCCAGCAGUGAUGGCAGCGCAGGACAGGUGGCGGGUUCUGAUUCGUUGGAUGAUGUUGCGGGGGAGGAGGAGGUGGUGAGGAGGUUGGAGGAGGAACUUUUAGCUGCCCGUGGGGCAGCAGAAUCGGCCAAUCAGAGGGUUUUUGUGCUGCAGGAGCAGGUGAAGGAGUUGCAAAGGAAAGAGGGAGUGGCCCAAGCGCUGCUAGGCCGGGCAGAGGAAAAGAUGUCGGCGCUGUUUGGGCAGCUUGCGGCUGCCCGGGACAAAGACUCGACAAGCCUCCGCGCUCUCGCCAAGGCUAGGUCGGAGGUUCGGCAGAUGGCGUGGCAAGUGGCUCGGCUGGAGGAGCAGCUACAGGCUCGGGGAAACACCGCAGGAGGGGUAGGGUUGGCAGCAUUGGGAAGGGGAGAAGGUUGGGGAUUGGCAGGGCUGCUGAAUGGGUUAAGUGCGGGAACGCUGAAGCUGCUGGGGAUGGCAGGAUUGGGCGGAAUGGGAGGGGCGGCAGGGGUGGACGGCGGGCAGAAAGAGCCGAAUGCUGCCAGGCUGGCAGCUGAGCUGUCGCGAGGGGCUGCUGCUCUGCAGUCCAGUGGCUUGCACAUGUGCACGUGUAUGGCAUGUGCAUGGGGUGUGCAUGGCAUGUGCAUGGGGUCUGCAUGGCAUGUGCAUGGGGUGUGCAUGGCAUGUGCAUGGGGUGUGCAUGGCAUGUGCAUGGGGUGUGCAUGGCAUGUGCAUGGGGUGUGCAUGGCAUGUGCAUGGGGUCUGCAUGGCAUGUGCAUGGGGUGUGCAUGUGGUGUGCAUGGUAUGCGCAUGGCGUGUGUGUUUCGCGUGCAUGGCAUGUGCGUGUUUUGUGGCAACAGGGUGAAGAAGCACGUGUCUCGGCUGGGCAAGAAUGCAGCAGCAGUGGAUACAGCAGCAUUGUCUUCGUUAUCAGAUCAGCCUAUAGAGGAGCAUUUCUCAGAGGAGGAGGAGAAGCUUCUGGCGUCAGCGUCGUGUCUGCGGGAAGCCGUGGUGGCAAUAGAUGCCAAACGCCAUGAGCUGGGAGCCGCACCUCUUGCCGCCCGGGUUCCUUCCGCUUCCCGGGCGGCAGCGCCGCCUGCUACAGUGCCCGGAGCUUCAGCCACCCAGGUUUCAGCGACUGCAGCAGCAGCAGCAGCAGCAGCAGCAGCAGCAGCCACACUUGCAUCUCCCUCCUCCGCCUCAAACUCCUCCACUCCUCCCGCCUCCUCUUCCCCCUCUUCCGAUCCCGCCUCUCCUGUUCCUCUGGCUUCUCUCCCCCCUUCCACUGACACCCCUGCUACAUCAACCCAGCAGUCCUCCCCCUCACCCCCAGCACCCUUCUCCUCCCUCACCGCUCUCUUCGCCAAGGCAGCAGCAGCAGUGGGUCUCAGCGCCCUCCUGCUCAUGCCCCUGGCCCUCGGCUCGCACAGUAACGAGUCGCCUCUUAUCGAAUCGCAGCAGUCCAACUCCCACGAAUCUGUCAACGUAACGAGGCCUCUGACUCACUACCAGUCGGUUCAACCACUCUCGCUGCACCAGCAGCACCAGUCCAACCCCCUGGCAGCACCGCUGCAGCUGUAUAACCCCUCCGACCAGGCUGCAUCCUCCUUGCCAGCAGCUUCAGUGCCGGCAGCAGCUCUGCAGCAGCCCACCCCGGCAGCAGCGCUACAGCUGUUCUUUGACCCUCUUACACUGCAACCGGUGCAGGCUGCAGGCACCGGGGAGGCGUAUGAGGGACCCUCCGCUCUGAUCCCAUUACCAGUGCUGAAGGAAGCAGAAACAGAAGUCUUGAAUUUGAUUGGCCAGUACGUGGCAGUGGCUAGGGAAAUGAAGGGACUGGCUGCAGUGGUUGCUCCGGAUGCUUCGCCGGAAGAUAGGAUCCAGGCUGCGUUUCUAUUCUGCCGCCAGCUGGCGUCACCGCCGUCCACGUCAGCAGCUGGGAUGUCUAGAGUUGGUGGUGGUUUAGAAGACCCAACGUCAAUGAGCCGCAUCUUCUGUGCAUCGAUGGGGUUGUGA